AUGGAAGUGGAGCUUGUCGCUUCACAUAAACAAACAGAUAUGGACAAUCAUAAACAACUCACGAUCGGGUUAUUUGGCUUUGGCGUGGUCGGCGAAGGGCUUUACAGGGUGCUGCAACAAACACCAUCGCUGAAAGCCAGUAUAAAAAAAGUGUGUAUUAAACAUCCUGGCAAGAAGAGAAACGCACCUGAUUCGCUAUUUACCACGGACAAGAAUGAAUUACUCAAUGAUGCUGAGAUCAAUGUUAUCGUGGAAGUAAUUGAUGAUUCAAAAGCCGCGUUUGAAAUCGUAUCGACGGCAUUGAAUAACGGAAAGGAUGUA